AUGCCUGCCUCUCAAAUGGGACUUGGUAACUUCUUCUUGGAAAGAAGCAUCACAAUGCAAGGAUAUCAGAUAGGGUCUCCACCUAGUCCACAACAAUUGCCCUCUCACAUGAACGCCUUACAUGGACUGCCCUUGUCGUAUUCUGGACUACCAGGAUAUAACUUUAUUCCAUAUCCUCAAGCGCGACGCAUGGUGAACUCAUUUGACCUGAAGGCUGCCUCACCAUACCAUCAUACAGUUCUAAAUCGUGGUUCAUUUUAUUCGCCAUAUCACACAAUGGUUCAAGAUGACCCAUGCAGGACUAACAAAGUGGCCAGCCGGGAGAGCACAAGCGCUCUUAAGGCAUGGCUAAACGAGCAUCUGAAGAACCCAUACCCUACGAAAGGUGAGAAGAUCAUGCUUGCCAUAGUCUCCAAAAUGAGUUUAACUCAAGUGUCUACGUGGUUCGCCAACGCCCGGAGGCGCUUGAAGAAAGAAAAUCGUGUAAGCUGGGCCUCCAAAGGUAAAUCAGACGAAGAGGAGGAGGGUGAAAGUGAGGAGGAGAGUUUGAUGCAGAAAGAUGCCUCUUCAGUCUCCGAGGAUGAAGAUGAAAUUGAUCUGGAAGCAGUAGACGAAGAGGAGAAAUAUCGGGAAUCAGUGGCAGGAUGUCCGUCCCGGCCUGUAAACAACGAGCGAUUACCCCAAACUGUUGAACAACCUAAAGACAAUGACAAUUCAGUUGACGGCUUUGUUGAAGGUGAACAAGGUCCUGUCGAAGUCAUCAAGGACAGUAAAGUUGCCGACAGUAUUCAGAAACCCAAAAUCUGGUCAUUAGCGGAAAUUGCCACUUCACAAACAGUUAUCAAGACAGAGGCGUCCCAUACCAACGCCAGAAGUGAAGUCGAUGUGGGGAAGUGGUGGUUGAACUGGGCUUCAAGAAACGGCCUGUACAUUCCGGCAAACUAUGACUUUUUGAAACAGGACAGUGGCUGUCAAGUGAACGUUUGAUCAACUGCUGGUACCCAUUCCUGUAUACUGCACUUUGAAGAAGUUCUUGCAAAAUUAACUAUUUUGUGAAGUUCUAAGUCAUGGAUUCUUUGAAAACCAAAGACUGUAAGCCACACACUGUA